CCAAAUUUCUUGAAAAAGAAAAAAUACCCAAAUUAGACCCACACAGAGCUUACACAACUCUCUCCAUCUCUCUCUCUCUCUCUCUCUCUCUCUGAUGGCUGAAAAGGAGCAAGAAGAAGAUUCAAAAGUAAAUCGUCCCCCCUCAGACCUUCCCAGCCGCUUUCUGCCUUUUGUGGAGGUUGUUUGCAAAAGUUCAGGGAAGACAUGCCGGUUCGCCGCCGGAACGGAGGCGGGUUUUGCGGUGUCUUUGAUAAACAGGAAGGUUGAAGGUGGGCCAAUCGCUUCACACAUUGAAGCCGUGAAGGAAGGGGAAGAGCCUGUGAGUUUCGGCCCCAAUUCGGUUUUGGUGAAUUACGGUGAUGGUUGGAAGUUGCAAACAGUUACUGAAGCUGAAGGCCUGAGGAAAGGGGAAUUCAAUCGGCCAACAAUGUUGCACAAUGCGUCUGUAAGGGAGGCGUCACAACCAGUCAUAAGUUAUUUAUAUGUUGGGAAGAUACUGCUUGCUUUCAUUUUAAUUUUCGCGAUGGGUGCAGUUUUGACAUUAGCUUUGGAGAAUCUUCCGAGGCUAAUCUUGUUUAUUAACUCAUCCCUGUAAAAAUUGUAAAUGUAUAACACUGCUCGUGUUUUCGUUAAAUUACCUAUGACCUUAUGACAGCUAGUCAUGCCAAUGUAGACAUGUAUCUUUUUUUAUGUAUCAGAGAACUAGAGGGGAGAUUUGUAAAA